AUGGAUACAGAUGCUAGAAGUGACACUAGCUUGCACCGCUCUAAUCGAGGGCACUAUCCAGUUAAGCGAAGAGAUACCGUUGACUAUUACCAAGAUGGCCCGGAGGAUCCAGACAUGGAGCUGCAUAAGGGAUGGGAGGAAGACGGGUGGAAAUACAACAAAAAUGCAAUUGAGAUGUUUGCAAGAAGUAAAAUGUUGGAACAGAUUGUGAUGGAGGAGGAAGCAGAAGAUGAGGAGGAGGAACAAGAGGGCGAAGAGGCAGAAGUAUGGGGUGGGAUUAAUUACCGAGACAGAAGACAGACAGUGCAGUUUAACAUUCCAGAAGAUCUCCGCAGCAGUGACCACAAGGACAACAAACAUGGUGACACUCCAAGAUACUCCAAUCAGCCCCUCCAUCUAACCACAAAUCAGGAUAAGGAUGAUGAACAGAUAGAAGGGAAUGAUCAAAGCAUGCCGGCAGAACUCCUUAAAGGAGGGCAGUUGAAUAAUUCAAGAACGAUUAAUGAAAAUAAUCCAGAUGCUGAAUGGCUGAGAUUGGGCGAUGAACAUAUUUUCCAAAACAUUAACCAGAAUUCGACUGAUCACAAGGAUCAGGUGACAAGGGAAACCACCCAAGGGGCUGCUGGUUUGAUGGCCAUUGAAGUUGGUAGCCAAAUUCACAAGCAGGAUGAGUCAAAAAAUGAUUUCCAGAAGAGCAGUGAGGAACACGAUGACUCCUUUAGACGUCGGCAAGAAGCGAUGUACCAAGAGGGUGAAAGAAUACAAAGUAAUGGACAAGGAAGUAUUAACCGGGAGGAACGACCAGGAGAAGAGAUCAAAAGAGGUGAAAAUAUCGCCCCAAGUGGGACUAUGGACCCAAAAAUCAACGUUAAAGGACUGGUUCAGACUGAGCCCGAUUAUAAUAAGGAAGAUGAGUUGGAUGGUUCUGAGAACAAAGAGCACAACGUAUCAACAAGCCUUAAGGUCAACAUUGUGAAGAUGGCUGAAUUAGAAAACAGUACAAAAUCGACAGGCAAGCCCUACAGUGAUGGGAAAUCAUAUGAAGGAAGUACAACGGCCCCCAUUCCAGAUCCUUGUAGAGAUUUCUAUUGUAAGACUGGGAAGGUCUGCCAGGCAGAUGAAGAAGGAAAACUCAGCUGUGUUUGCCAAGAUCCUGCAACUUGUCCGUCCACAAAAAAUUAUCAAAGAGUUUGUGGUACGGAUAAUAAGACGUAUGAGGACACGUGUCAGCUGUUCGGCACAAAGUGUCAUCUCGAAGGGACAAAAGUGGGACACCAGCUGCACCUGGAUUACAUGGGAACCUGCAAAUACCUUCCUCCUUGCACUGAUUAUGAAAUGGAACAGUUUCCUGUCCGGAUGAGAGACUGGCUCAAGAACGUCCUCAUGCAGUUCUACAAACAGGAUCUGGACAAAGGUGGAUUUCUCACAGACAAACAGAGGAACAAAGUGAAAAAGAUUUACUUAGAUGAAAAGCGGCUGCCGGCCGGUUAUCAUCCCACUGAAAUUCUGCUACGUGACUUUGAGAAAAACUACCGCACAUACACCUAUCCCAUUCACUGGCACUUUAACCGGCUAGAUCAGCACCCUACUGACAGAACGCUAACACACUCCGAGCUUGCUCCUUUGCGUGCCUCUCUUGUUCCCAUGGAGCACUGCGUAACUCCCUUCUUCCAAAGGUGCGACAGUGACAAAGACAAACAUAUCUCUCUGCAGGAGUGGUGCCACUGCUUUGGAAUUAAAGAAGAAGACAUAGAUGAGAAUCUUCUGUUCUGAAUGAGCUGAACAACAUAGCAACACCCUGCAAUAGCAUUUUUGAAGGCAACAUCUGCACAGGAUAUCCUUAGUUAAAAUGCUGUUUUAGCUGAUGAACUAACAGUGCCAUCCUAAACAGAGUUACACCCAGAGUUACACCCACUGACUUCACUGGAUUUAGAAGAGUGAAACUC